GGUUGACACGCAUAUGAGUUAGUAUAAUUAAACGUGAAUUCUGGGAUCAUUUUGGGGAAACGACGAAACAUCAGGCUGUGAAGGCGCAAGGCAACGAGCGGUUCUGAUUCGCACGAAUCUGAAGGACUUCGUUCUCUUCGUGAGGUUGCCACUAACUGUUUACCUAUUCUUCAAGUACUUUGGCAAUGAGUUGCACGUGGAACCGACCAGACCUACCGGUGGUGGCCCACGAACCCUACCCUUUUGUUUUCGUGUGUGUUAAUCAAUUUCCCUUCUAAUUUGGUAUGUCGUGUUAGACAGACAGGGGGAACAGCUUAGUGUCAGCGCCCCAAUGUCGCGACAAUCACAGUUUUCAGCGGUCACGGAAGACUACGCUGUUGACUGUAGCUCCGUUUUUUGAUACAUGUAUGUACAGGAAAGGUUUUACCCUCGUAUAUACCUAUCUCGAACUUUUGGGGCUAAGAUGCAUAGCUCUGACUGUCUGCAGGAGUACCAAGACUUCCUAACCUUAUUCAUACUGGUAAGAUGAAUGCAAAGCAACAAAAUUUCGAUGUGAUUGGAGGUGGUAACGAAGUCUUAGUAAGGGAAUUCAAAAACCAAGACCUUCACGACUGCCAAGAGAUUUUCACCCAAGGAAUGGAGCAGUUGAUCAGCCUAAUAGUGCGUAAUGUUUUCCCAAAAUAUCUUUGGAUUUUAUCGGCUUGGGGCAUACUUGUUUUCGUUCUCGUCAUCAAAUUCCAAUGGACUGCAAACAUCUUCUUUCUUCUUGUAAUUACUUGUGUCUUUUUUGCUGCCUGGUUGUAUCUUAUUCUGUAUAUUGAAUGCUGGAAGUUCAUCGAUUCCUGUUUAGCAACGGACUUAAAGGAUAUUGGAAAAUCCUACAUGUCCAGUGAAAAAUGUCGCAUGUGGGUGGCUGAGUGGAAUGGUAAAGUUGUGGGAAUGGUUGGACUUAUUCACAAGGAAAGUCACAAACCAGAAGUGGCAGAACUUCAGAGGAUGUCUGUGUCACCAGCCUGUAGAAGAAUGGGAAUUGCUAAGAAACUGCUCGACGAACUGAUCAAAUUCGCAAAGGAUCAGCAACUCCAGAAGCUUGUGCUUACCACCACCAGUGCACAAACACCAGCCAUUCGACUGUACAAGAAAUACGGCUUCCAACUCAGAACCUCUAUUCCUUAUCCUAAAACGCUUCUUGGCGAUUUGCAAUACUAUCACUUUGAACUCGUGUUAUGACAUUAGCUGCUUUUCCCUUUUCUCUCUACAAAAGAUUCAAAUCCUCCUCAUAAUCAGUAAUUUGGUGAAUUAUCUUCCUUAAACUUUAAAGAAAAAGAUUUUUAAGGUAGCGGGUAAACCAGACCUUUGUGAGGGACAUUUAAACCUUCCCCUCAUGAUGAGAAACGUUGCAUCACGUAGACAAGAGCUAUGCCCGUUGGACAUCAUGACUGUUUAAUUCAAUAUGAAGGCCAAAAGAUAUAUUCUCAGCUAUUGCGACUGCUCUUGCAGAUGGGAUUAUUUUGGGAAGAAAAAUGUUCAUGGAGUUUCUCUUGUCUACUAAAAUUUGCUUAACUCUAAUUACCUUGACUUUCUAAUAUAUCACAUUCUAACUUCACCAUUGCAAUUAUCACGUUUCAACAAGUUUUAAACGAUUAUAGAGUUGGAUUACAGUCGGUUUGGUUUCCUCCCCACCAUUUGUUCGAGAUGAAGCUUUUGGUGUUCUCCUCUCGCUCAAAUAUGACAUGGAUGGCUUGAUAGAAGUUGUCGUAUACGCAGAUAAGUUGGCAUUAGUAAGUAAAUGUUACAGGUCUUCUUGGCAAGUAGUCAUGAGACAGGAAAGACGCUAAGUCACCGAUUGCCACAAAUUGACCACAAAUUUGACCAAAUUCAUGAAUUCGCCAUUGUCAUUCGUUUCAAUAAUCCCCUCAGAAGAAAAAAAUGGUAAAACAUUAAACACAGACCAAAAAUCAAAAAAAUGAAACAGAAAAAAAGCAGGGUACAAAGAGGAAAAAAGAUAAGCAAACGAAAAACAAAUCCCUUACACAUUACUUUUGACCUCUUUCACAUUUUAUAACAUGACUACAAGAUAUCGUUGAAACGUGUAUUCGUUUACGAAAGUCUUGACUACCGUAAAAUUGGCUCCUUUAAGAUUUAGACUGCUAAUGUGGAAACACAGUUGGGUAAUUGCUUUGUUAUUGCUUCGAAAUAGAAGCUUCACCAUACCUAUGAUAGGUGCAUAAUCUUGACUACCUUGCUGGGAUAUCAGAUUUUAUCCUUGUUGAUACACGAUGCAAAUUUUGCUGUGCCAUGUUAGUGUAAAUUUGCGUUGUAAGUACUAAAAAGAUUUAUCGACAUGUAUUUAUGUGUCCACUUUUUAAUUGUAAAGCGGAAAUAAUCAUACUAGGUUUUAGUUAGUCAACGUGAUAAAUAUUAAUUUCACGGGCCUAAAGAAGACUAACAGCAUGCAGUCGAAAUGUCGCGAUCCACAUCCGAAGUGACAACAUCGUGAGACAAACGAUCACAUUUCCCUUUUGAAAUAAUGACACUAUUUCUAUGGCGUGGGAUAUCUCUGGUACUAUUAGUUGGAUAAUUAUAGCACAGAGUGUGUUAUUAUAAGACAAGGUAUCAUUUAUCCUCUCUUGCAUUGGAUGUUAAAAUUAGAAAAAGCUUUCUGAGGGGAGGGUUUGCAAGUACUAAAUUAAUUUGUCUUUUUUUGAGAAAUUUAUUCAACAACAACAGAAAAAACAUUUUAACACUUUCUUAAGGUUUGUAAAUUGAUUGUUUGCGCAGUAAAGAUCA